AUGCGACUAGGCGGCAAUGGGGCUCGGGCGGCGGGCGGCGGGCGACGGUGGGGCAGCGCGGGCGGAGAUAAGGAAGAGGACACAGGCAGAGGCGAAGGGUGGAGCGCGACGGAAGGGAAAGAGGCGGGCGGUGGUAACGGAGAGGAGACGGAGGCGACGAAAGAAGGAGGGGCAGCUGUGGAGCCCGGCGGCUGCGACCUGCCUUUGCGCUCGACGCCGAGGAUGAGGGUACUCGGCGAGCUAGGCGGCGGUGGCGAUGGCACGGAAGCGGCGACGGGUGGGGGCGAAGCGCGGUGGAAGGGCGGCUUAAGAGAGGUGGUGGGGCUCGACGGCGGUGGGAGAGGGGAGUCGGAAAGCGGCAACGGCGAUGCAGCGCAGGCGGAGGUGGAGCGGCACGGGCGGCGGCGGCGACGGUGCUAG